GUCGCCGCCACUCUGGCGAAAAUACAUUGACAGAAUUCGGGACGACUGCCCCUUCUCUUACUAUUAUAGGGUCUGCCUAGGCCUACGGGUGGCCUCGGCAAGCCGUAACUCCAUUUAGUCUGGAAGCAGACUCCAUCGACGAUUCGACGCACAACUAAUAUCGAUGCAUCAGGCUCUACUUGUCCCCGAAAUUCUCCUGGACAUAUUCGCGCAUGUGAAUGAAAGUGCGAACCUACCAUCUGAUGAACAUAAUUGCGAGAGAUUAUUGUCUCAACAAUCUCUCGCAUCGCUUGCAACGACAUGCAAAACCUUCCAUGAGCCUGCGAUGGAUUUACUGUGGGCUAACAUAGAGGAGUUAGAACCAUUGCUAGGCUGUGUAACGAGGCUACAUCCAAUGAUAUAUUGUAGUGACGCAGGGGUCAUCUUCCCCACUGAGACGUACAUGUUCCCGAGAUUGCAGUCACUAUUAUGGCAGGUCGAGGCUCCCAAUAACAUAUACCUACACCUCUUCCUCUCCCAAACGCUACUUUUUAUCUAUCUAUCAGCAAUCCACCCAGCUUCGAAAUCAUUCGGGACCCACUGUGCUUCUUUGGAGGCCUUAACCAUUGGUGAUGCGGCUGAAGAUCUCACAGCGGACGAGUCGCUCUUGCUGGCCGAAACUGUCCGUUCAUGCACGCAGCUGACACAUCUGGGUUGUCCACCGCUCGAAUGGGAAGCAUGGAACCACCUCUCCAACCUCCCCACCCUUAUUAAAUUGGAAAUUGGUAGCGGAAGCUGGCCAUUAGACCGACAUGAUCUCAAAUUCUCACCUUUCCUCAAUGUUACCAUCCUCAAUUUCUAUUUCGAGAUGCAUGUCCAUGUCAUGCCUUUGGCACAGGCUGAGCAGCUUUUUCGUGCACUGUCACGAUGCAAUGCAUCCCACACCCUUGAACACAUCGUCAUCUUCUCCUUUGAUCCAGACGGUGACUCGGAUGAGGAGCCCUUUGGCAACUCCUUGACAGCAAUCACACAAUUUCUUGAUUUUACACAGCUGCGAACCCUGGGCCUCGUUUUUGAAAAUUACCCCGUAUACCUUGACAACGACCUUCUCCUGGAAGCCAUGUCAAGUUGGCCUCACAUUCGCUACAUGACUUUAGCAAAUCACCAACUUCGACCACCUACCAUUACAUUCCGCGCAUUAUUCGACGGACUGCGGCUAUGUCCCCACUUGGAUUCCCUGCAAUUACACAUUGAUGCUAUACAUAUCGACAUUGAUGCUGAAACCGAGUCAUUUCAGCAUACAUCCCUACAGAAAUUUAACGUGGGCUUCUCUAACGUAGAAGAUGUUGAAGCUAUCGCUCGCAUCAUUUUCUCCAUGCUCCCUUGUGUCGAACAAGUUAAACACGGGAACGAGGACGAGUGGAUUAAGGUCAAUGAGCACCUCAAAUAUCUGAAAUCUUCUGCGGUCCCUGGCCGUCAUAUUACUCCGGAACCAGCCCCGACCACCUGAAUUCGGUAUUAUUUAUGUGCCGGGGCAACCUUCCUUUAGUUGUCUUUGUCACUUUCGUUCGCCGUGGUCGUAAUUAUUUUCUCCCCUGACGCCGUUUUACUGUGCUAUCAUAUCCUAGGAUUAUUUAAUGGCAUCCGAAUGGUUGAUUAUCGUGUAUCUAGGGCUACGCCGCUCGCAGUUGCAUAUGCUAGUAUCUUCUGACAUGAUAUCUGACACGGAAAUGAAUACUUGACUAUCCGGGCCUAA